AUGAAGACUCGACCUACAGGCAACACCUCUAACGCCGAUUGGAUGGGCUCGCUAUGCCCUGCGCUUACAUCAAUGCCGCUAAAGCACCUGGCUGUCCCCGGGUCUCACGAUUCUUUUAGCUUCUGGGUGGAUGAGCAAGCUCCAGUCGGCCCAGACCAAAAGGCAUAUGUGAAACACCUGGCUGCAGUGUUCCGUUUUCUGGCCAAGAAGGUGAUGAAAAAAUGGUCCAUGACCCAGAACCUUACCUUCAGAGAACAGCUUGAGGGUGGGAUUCGCUAUUUUGACCUACGUGUAUCUUCCAAACCAGGAGAACCAGGCCAUGAGAUAUACUUUAUUCACGGGCUGUUUGGACACAAAGUACGCGACGGCCUUCGCGACAUCAACAAUUUUCUGAACGCACACAGGAAAGAGGUUGUUUUUCUGGACUUUAAUCACCAUUAUGCCAUGAGGGAGGAGCAUCAUCGCUACUUGAUCAGCAUGCUGAAGGAGUUGUUUGGCCACAAGCUCUGCAAGAUUGACGUGGUGGAGGAAAUCACUCUGAAUUACCUGUGGGAGAACAGGUACCAGGUCCUAGUGUUCUACCACCAUCCAUCUGCUGAGGGAUGCCCUCUGAUGUGGCCUGGUAGUAAAAUUCCUGCUCCCUGGGCCAAUACCACAGACACCAGCAAGCUCAUCCAGUUCCUGGAGACCACGCUGGGUGAAAGAGCCCAGUAUGGAAGCUUUCAUGUGUCUCAGGCCAUUCUAACACCACGUGUCAAGACUAUAGCCAGAGGCCUAGUGCGGGGGCUACGAAACUACCUCGUGGAGAGGAACCUUCCAACUAUAAUGAUGUGGGUGGAGGCGCAGAAGCCCGGCGUUAAUGGAGUCAAUAUCAUCACCUCAGACUUUGUAGAGCUUGUGGACUUUGCCAACACAGUCAUUAGACUAAAUAAUCUCCUCCUUCAGGAUCGGAAAGGCACAGGAUAUUCUCCGUGACCUUAAAGCAUCGGUCCUAUUGGAUUAUCAACAAAGGCUGAAGGUGUGAUGGCCAUCAAGACCAGCAAUCACACACAACAUUAUGGGAUAUGUAAAUACUUUCAAGAUCACUAUCGACUGUAUGCUAAAUAUGGAGAAGCUGAUACCUUUGACCAUAUGGGCUCCAAAUGUAUAGUUUAUUUUUAGCUACACAGCCUUUAGUGCCAUCAGACUGACACCAGUGAGCUGCUAAUAUCGGUGGAAAUUCAAAAAAUGAUAGUUCUG